CGCAGCUGUAGAGGUUAAACGCAAAUUCAGAUUCCAUACCAUGUAGAUGAUAGACGUUGCUUGGCUGGAGACCGAACGAGAAGGAAAUGACAGAUGGCCCUCAUUUUAUUAUCAAACCACAAGUCAAAAACACCAAACUAAAGAAUUCAAAAGUUCUUGUGGACGCUGAAAUUGCAUUUCAAAGCUUUAUGGCGGAGCUCUGUUAUAUCUUAAAAACGCAAGAUCUAUUCUCGGGACAGAUGACCUUGGAUGUCAACUUAGAAUAAAAACAAUUGAAAGAGAGGUCCUCUGGUGCAAUCGAGGUCGAAGGAAUUAACGGGUGCUGAAGGUUCUCAUUUAAAAUGGACGUUGCUAUAGAAUUAACAAUGUCAUGAAAUGUAUACAAACGUCUUGCCUCUAUGUAGCACCUGUCAGUAAAGAAUAAACAGAUAAAAUUAUUGAUGAUAUUUUGUAUUUGAAUAAUAGACAAUGAAAAGAACGGGCAAACAAAUUGAAGGAAUAACCGGCAACAAAAACAGACUGGACAAUGCAAACGCAAGAAACGGAAGAAGAAGGUCUAAGAAGACUGUUUCGCGGGAGCAGUUUAAAGGAAGAGACUCUAAGAAAACUGAUACUAUUCCAAGUGAGAAUUACAUUGUACAGAAAAAGGGUGCAUGUCCACAAAAUGAAAGAGAAUUUGAAUGGACUUCAAGGCGCGCUUCCAAAGCAGAAACAAAAUAUCGAUACAGGCACCGAGGCUCUAGCAGACAAGAAGCUUUGAUUCAAGAAGAAGUGAAACGCAACAGAAAUAUACGGCGGAGAAUGGAUGAUUUUGAAAGGUCAACGGACGAGGAAAGCGCUUUAUCCGACAUUAGUGACUCUUUUAGGCCGGCUCGUAAUGACUCGCCGUGUGUCAUAGAAAGGCCUUUAGUCAGACCGUCUGAUAUCAGAGGUCGACUGCGCGACAGAGAUUAUACCAAAAGCCUUACACCGCCUGUUGUGAAUCGUCCUUCGCGGGUACCGCGCGGUGCAAAAUACUCGCUUUUAGAUAUUGAGGCAGACUAUUAUGACGAUCUGUCGUAUGAUAAUAUCUAUCAGAGCUAUAAUUUAUCCCCGAGAGUACCAAGAAAGGCCGUUAGGAGUGAGGGGAAAAGAGAAAGAUAUUUACAAGAAUAUUCAAAAGUAGAUAAAAGAAGGCGCCCGUUGUCAGGAUCAAGGGCCCAGAGUCAUUAUCAUGAUGAUGACUCGUCUAGGCCUAGAAGUCGAGUUAAUGAAGGUAUCAUUGUUGAUGAUUUUGAAAAAGAUAUUGUUUUUGGACGAUAUGGAGAGCAGCCUUUGGAAGUUAAUACACCAUUUGAGGAAGAUGAAAGAAGAGCAAUUGCAAAACCAGAUAGAAGAAAUCGCGGUCGAAAAACCCCAAGAAAUUAUCCACCAGCACACCUGGAAAAGGACAUGCUCGAUGAUUAUCACCUUGGUGCACUAAAUGCAAGAACGGAGGUAAGGUCACCGAGGCUAGUGCAGAAACGCGAAAGUAGGAGACGGUCGCUGAAAGAGGUUGGGCGAAGAAAUACUGAAAGUCGUGCUGGAGCAUUUGACUUCUCAGAGGAUGACAGCAUAAUAGAUGAAAGGUUAGUAAGUAGAAGACCAGUAAGGCAUCCUGUAUAUAAAAAGAGUCUUCAUUAUGAGCUUAUCGAUUCAGGAGGUUUCAAAAGUGGAUCAACUUCCCCUGAAGAUCUUUUGUGUGAUUCGGAGAACUGUGACGAUCUUGGAAUGCUUGAUACGCCGAACUUGUCACCUGGGUACGAGGAGUUUUGUGAUAUCAUGUACGAUCAGAAUUUGCCAAAGCUCAAAGCAGACUUUAAAACUGAUUCAAUGAGUGUCAAUCUAAGCUCUGAAAAUAUUCCUGUUGAAAUUGGUGAUAACGUAGAUGGAACCAAUAAAGACAGGAGUAGAAAUUUACAUCGCGCUGAUGAAAGAGAGGGUUCGGAAGAUAAAGAAGGCAUUGUGCAAAAAAACGGAAAGCAGGAGGAAGUAUAUGACAGUGAUCUUCAUAGAUCAAUUCCUAGAAAUAAAAAUGCAAACUAUACAGCUAGAGUAGAUGAAACAAAUGAGAAAAAUUCACAUAGAAUGAACAGAGUGUCGAAUGAGUAUGAGAGUAAAGCUCAUACGCAAGAAGGUUCUUUCAAAAAUAGAGGGUUUUGGUACCAUGUAAAAGCAGAUGAGCAAUCAAACCUGGGAGACAAUAAAGUUUCAAAAAGUAGGCCACGUGAUAGCAUGUCACCAGCGAUUGUUGUUGAGGAAUUCAAAGAUGAAGAAGUGCAAGAAAAGUUUGAAGCUGACCCAGAAAAUUCAAAUGGUGAUGAUGGUUACUAUGGGAGAUCAAUGGGAGAAAUAUCUAACAAUGAGGAUGCUGAAUAUGGAACAGAAAGGAAGAAAGAUGGAAGUACCUUGACAAUGCAAAAACUUGAGUCGGGAAUAUGGAGUGAAUCAGCGGAUACGUACAACAGGAUGGGUGAGAAUCAGGAUAGGAGAGGCGAGACUUCGCAAAACAUUGACAAAGACCAAGAUGCAAGAGACCUUUUUAUGGGAAUUUGCAAAGAUGCGAAAGCAAAGAGUUCAGUCACAAAUGAUUCCAGUCAUUUGCAGGGUGUAGGAAGAAAAUCUUCCUUAACUCGAUCUUUAUCGAUGCGUGUUAAUCCUUCCAGUGGAUUUUUUGCGGGAGCUGCAAACCCUGCCAAUACAACGGAGCUUGAUGAUGGAAAAGCCCAUGCUGGACACAAGUGGAGAAUGCAAAAAGCCUAUUCGUUAGACUGGGCUGAAAGAUACCUCCCGAGCCACGAUCAUAAUGAUCUCUAUUUUAUACCCGAGGUGGUGAGCAUACCAGAAUCUAAGAUAACUGUGCAAAAGAUCCGUAGGCACGGGAAUAUAACUAUCGCAUGGGAAAGCAAGACAACUGACAAGAUGGGAGCUGGUGGUGUUAAAUCAAGGAAGAUUAAGCAUAAAAGGUCUUCAAAAGAUGUUGAUAAAGAAAGUACAAAUAAAAGGGCAAUAAAAACAUCGAAAAUAAAAAGCAAAAAGCAAAUAAGCGAAAAAGACAAGUUUGCGAAUGUUGGAAAUAACGAUUCAAAAAGUAAUAAGAAGUCAAAAGAGAAAGGCAAGAGGACUGAAGAGCUAGAACUGAAAAUGGCUGCAACUGUUGAGAAAAGGUCUGAAGGCUCAAAACAACAAAAUGUCUUCGUUAAUGUGGAUAGAAUUGGUAACGAUCCAAGAAAAACAAAAAAAAAACAUGAUUCAGGUAGAAGACGACGCUCUGACCAACAUGAAAGAUAUAUGGACAAGGAUCGUAAGAAAGGAAAAGAAAAUUUGGCGAUAAAAGAAGAAGAUGAAAAUGAGGUCAUCAGUGAUGAAGAAAAGAAGAAAUCAUUGAUAGGCAAAUUAAUACAAAAGAAACUUGAGAAAAAAAAAUUGCAAGAGAAGUCUGAAAAGGACGAGAAAGUGAGAAAAGAGCAGGUAGAAGAAGAAAUUAUUAGCGAUGAAGAGACGAAGAAAACACUUUUGACGAAGUUAAUAAGGAAAAAAAAGGAAUCAAUGAAAAUUCAACGACAAGAAAAAGACGCGACAAACACUAUGAAACAGAAAGAAAAAGACAGCGAUUUAGUAGUUAGUGAUGAAGAAAGAAAGACGAAUCUUAUAUCGAAACUCAUAAGAAAGAAAAAGGAAGCCCGGAUGAGUUAUGAGAUAAAACAAGAUAAAGUAAAAGAAAAUGUUAAAGAAAAUGAUAUAAGUGAUGAAGAGACAAAGACGAAAUUGUUAUCAAAUUUGAUAAGGAAAAAGAAAGAGGCAAAAAAGAGAGAAGCAAUUGAAAAAGAUUUGAAAUUUAAAGCAAGUAACAAAGCGGAAAAUGAUGCAAGAAAUUUUCAUAACAAAAGUAAUAUUGAUGAAAAAGAGAAUAAGCACAAUAUAGUCAGAUGCUCUGAAAUGAAGAAAGAAAAGGAUUUUGAUUAUAAAGAGAGGGCAAAAAGAAGUACUGCGAUCAGUAACAAAAAUAAACAAAAGACUGCUGUAGAUAAAACAGACAGUAGGAAAAACGAAAUGCAUACUGUGAAUACUAAGUUAAAAGAUAAAUCUAGCGGAAAGAAUUUCAGUGAAAGACAAAAGUGCAAAACAAAAAAUGUUAACAAUGACAAGGAGAAAGAUACAAGAAAAAUUCUUCGAGAAAGGGAUACGCUAGGAAACAAAAUUACAAUGAAACCAAUGACCGAAAGAACAAACAGAAAUAAACAGAGGCAAAAUUCUGGGUCAAAAACAGAUACAGCUGGUGUUGACGAUGGCGGGGAAAUUAUUGAAGACUUGGAUAAGAAAAAAAGUUUGAUUGGUCGUUUGCUAAGAAGAAAAAUAGAGACAAAGGAAGCAGCAAGGAAACGGGAACAGCUGGAACAAGAAAGAUUGAAAGCUUUGGAGAAUCUACGGAAGCCCUUUAAAUUCAGUGAUGAUGAUACUACUGAUUCCGAAGAUGAUUCGAGUGAUGACGUUGAUGAAGUAAGUGGAAGUGAAGAUGAUGCCAGUAGUUCCGAGGAGCUAAUGGAUGAAGGCUUGGAAUCCGGUAGCACAGAAUAUGAAACAGAAAGUGAAGAAGAGGAGGAAAGUGAAGAGGGAGAAGAUGGUGAUGAGACUGAAGAGGAAAGUGAAGAAAAAGACGAGAGUGAAUAUGAGACACACGAAUCAGAAGAGGAAUCCGAAGAAGAUGUAUCUGAAUAUGUAAGUGAUUCGCAAGAUGAAGAUCCAGCUACAAGUGAAGAAGAAACUGAUGAAGAUCAAGAAAACGAGGAAAUAUCAGAAUCAGAAGGUGAAGAAAGCAAGGGCGAAGAAACAGAAAGUGAAAUUGAAGAAUCAACGGCAAGUGAAGAAGCGACAGAAAGCGAAGAGGAAACAGAAAGUGAAGAAGAGUCGGAAUCAGAUGGUGAGUUUAAUUUACAAAACAAUACACGAAUCAUCAUUGCUGACCAAUGAUGUGCCAACGCUUGAUUGAUAUUUGUAAUAAAUGCUUAAUGCACAAAUUUUUGUAAACCGUUGUUUCUAUUGUAUUGAAAAUAUCUACUUUCAUUAUUUAUUCUUACUUGUUUAAAAUCCCAAAUUAUUUUUCAUUUCGUUCCUCUUUUUAUCUUUUUAUUUUACCUUAACUAAUUUGACAACAGUUGCCUCCUUGUUUCUCCGUCACUUAAACCAUAUUCUCAUCACUUAUAGUAGAAAACGUAAGUAGGCUUCACUAAAAAUUCAUGUACCACGCGUAACUCUUUUUUAAACGGAUGUCAUAUGCAACGAAAGUGACUCAUAUACCUCUUACUUCAAUCUUAAAAUAUACACACUUUGUCAUAUCAUCGCAUUUUGCCUUAUUUAUAAAAAGAUAUGUGUUUUUCAUAAAAAAAUCCUUAUCCAGAUGCAUUUUUAAAAGGUCGAUGGAAGAGAUUCUUCAAAAUCGGCAGAAAACAUUUUGGAUUUUUUUCUAAUUAUCUUUAAAUCAUUUACAUGCCACUACUAUUAAUUUUCAGAGGAAGAAAACUAGCAAACAAUGGCGGUUGAAUCACAAGAUCAAGAUUUCCCAAGACCGUUAGAUCUUCUAGCAGAUUUUAUAUAAACUGUUUGAAGACCACUUAUUGAAAAGUACCAGUAUAUUUUUCAUCAUAAAAGAUACGACAAAGUCUUAACUGAAGAGAGCCGACCUUAUCAAACACCAGUUAAUUUUUGAAUUAAUCUUUCUAAUAACUUUAUAGUUUUGAAAUGAUUUGAUCUAUUUAAGCUCGACAUGUAGCUUGGAAUGAAAAAAUAUAAAACUAAAUUUGUUUACCUUCAUGCAAGCAGUUAGAAGUUAAAAGUUAUUUUAUGAUAUGUAGCAAAAAUAAACUCCUGUUAAGUUUCUCUCGAUAUUUACCGUAUCAAUAUAUUAGUGAAAACAUUUGUUGCUAAAAAAUAGUUUGCAUGCUAUCAUGUUGUAGAGACAAUAAUCAAUUUUUUUCAGAUAUAUCUAUCUUAAGGUUACGGUAAACGUUUUCUUGAUGAAAACAUCGAUUUUUCGAUUUUUUCACAUUCAAGUAGCCGAACUUUCAAGGCACAUAAUGAUACCAAAUUUGAAAGAUACAGAAAUUUUGAAAAUAGAAAAAAUCCCAUGUAAACGAAGGUUUUCAUAAUUUCUUUAUCAAAACUUUUAGUUGAGUUCUGAAAAACUCUUGACCUGUUAAGCCGAUAAUCGUUGCUUUGCCUUUGUUGUCGCGUGUCUCAUUUACAAUAUCACAUGGCACAUCCAUCUAUCCCAGGUACGGCUGUCUAUUUGAACAGGCUUAUUGGUGAUUUGACCAGGACUACACUGUGGUUUACGAGUGUACCUUGCAAAGUGUACCUUGCAAGGGCGAUCAGUAAAAUCCCGUUUUCUACGGACUUACAAUUCCUCUACAUGCAGAUACAAAAAAGCUUUUUUGUACCCAAGGAACCAAUGGAAUGGCUCAAAAAUUUGCACACCUCCAGGACAGAUGUCGGGUAAGCGAAUCGUGUCUCAAAUCGCGAAUCGUGUAUUUGCUCUGGUCGGUUUUUUAUAGCCAAAUACAGCUAUGAGAGGAAGAACAAUUAUUUGCCAAAUUUCGACAGGGUAUAGUUUCAAGGGGAGGAGGAAAUUAAAAAUUUGAGACACACUUUGGUAGCUUAGGGUCUGCGCUUUCUGCUGAUAUAAGUUAGAUUUUGAUACCUAAAACGCAAGGGUACAAAAUAGCUUUUGAAGGUGGUACACUCAUUUAAGCAAUAAAUUUGCCUGGAAAGUAUCAUUUUACAAUAUUUGCCAAUCAUUUUGAUAUGAUUGGAAUCACCACAUUCUUGUGCAUCGAAUGACGCAUAGUUUAAUCUGAUUCCGUUUAUAGUUUUGCUUGUAGGGAGAACAAACCAAAUAUCGUGUCAGAAACGUUUACCGUAACCUGAAGUGCAGCAAAAACGGACUCUAGUCCUGUUUCUCUGUAUCUUCACCAUAUGAAAUAUGACAGUGACACAAUAUUAAAAAAUGAAACAGAUGUUAAAAAACGUUUAACUGCUAUCACGAUGGAGCGAGAAUAGACAAUUUAUUCAGAUAUCUCUAUUUCAUUAGUUCAGUGUAGCGAUAAUGGGCUCCAGCCAUGUCUUUCUUUAUUUUCACCAUAUUAAAUAUGACAAUGACAUAAUAUUGAUGCUAAAAAACGUUUUACUGCUAUCAUGGUUGAGAGAAGAUAAUCAAUCUAUUCAGAUAUCUCUAUUUCGUUAUCUCAGUGUAACGAUGAUGAGGCCAGUCAUGUCUCUCUAUAGUUCACCGUGUGAAAGAGACCAGUGUAACAAUUUUGAAUCAAUUAUUUAAGUUUCUUUGAUCUGACUAAAAGGGACACAAAUUGAAAUGAGGACACAAAAUGAGGCGAGGAGUCAUUUUGUGGGUAUCAAAUGUUGUUUGCAGUUAAUCCAUCCGAAUCUAUUGUAAUACCUGCA